UCUUCGCCACCACCGGUGGAGAAAGGUUUUCUCAGCGUGACAGAAUUCACUAGCGAUAGUGGAUAGAAGUUUUUAUUUUUUUUUUUUUAGAUAUUUAAAGGUCUGGUUGUUAGUAAUGAAGACGUCAAACAGUCACUGCUCAGAAGCGGGUAGAAACCCCUUCGUCCACGAGCUCAAAUUCACUACGACAGAGAAGAUAAAGAUAGGACUGAUGUCCGUUACGGUGUUUCCAGUGCGGCUGCUGCUCGUCUCCUUCCUGAUGUUGCUGGCAUGGCCCUUCGCCUUCGCAGCAUCCCUGAGACGCUCCGAGUUUGUUGUUGAGCCACAGUCAUGGUGGAGGAGAUUGAUAGAUCUCUGUCUGCGGCUGAUCAUGCGAGCCAUGUGGUUUUGUGGCGGUUUUCAUUGGAUCAAGGUGAAGGGGGAGCGUGCUGCUUCCUCUGAAGUCCCGAUCCUAACUGUGGCGCCACAUUCUUCUUUCUUCGAUGCCAUCCCAGUCACCACGACCAUGUGCUCCAUCGUCGCCAAACUGGAGAGCAGGAGCAUCCCAGUCUGGGGCACUUUGAUCAGCUACAUCAGGCCAGUGUUUGUGUUUCGUUCAGACCCGGACUCUAGAAGGAAAACCGUGGAGGAGAUAAAGCGGAGGGCCCAGUCGGGGGGGAAGUGGCCUCAGAUCAUGAUAUUCCCUGAGGGGACGUGCACCAACAGGUCCGGUCUCAUCUUAUUCAAAGCUGGUGCCUUCAUCCCAGGACUCCCAGUGCAGCCAGUGGUACUACGGUACUCAAACAAACUGGACACUGUUACAUGGACGUGGCAUGGUCCUGGAGCGUUUAAGAUUAUUUGGCUCACUCUGUGCCAACCUCAUAACUCUAUAGAAAUUGAGUAUUUACCAGUAUACACGCCAUCCGAGAAGGAAAAAGAAAACCCCACUCUGUUUGCCAAUAAUGUCAGAAAGAUAAUGGCAAAAGCGCUGGAGCUGCCACUCACAGACCUGUCCUUCGAUGACCGAGACAUCAUCCUGUCUCAGGGUCCGCUGCGUAUCCGUGACAGCAGCAGCCUACUGCAGCUCAACCAGCUGCUGUCUCGUUUGGGGCUGAAAACAGGAAGCACAGAGCAGCUGCUUGAGGAUCAGGCCAGGAGAGCCAGGAAGCUGCAGGGAGACAGACUGGGUUUGGAGGACUUUGCCCAGUUCCUCGAUUUACCAGUUACAGACACACUGAAUCAAAUCCACAGUCUCUUUGAUCAGCAGGGUGACGGACGGAUAGACGUCAGACGCUUCGUCGUCGCUCUGUCCACCACACGUCGACCUUCUAAAUCCAUGGAAACUCUAAAGCUGGCCUUCAAGAUGUAUGAAAACGAGGAAAGCGGAGAAAUCCUGGAGGAGGAGCUCGUCGUCGUCUUGGAAAUAAUGUUGGGAGUGAAGAAAGUGGAGCUCUCAGGUCUGCUUGAAGGAUCUCAAACAGGGACGAUCUCUUAUAACAAGCUUCAGCAUCUCAUACAGCAGCAUCCACACUUCGCCCCGGAAGGCCUUCAUUUUACAGAUCAUCCACACAAAUCCUGCAUCAGUCGACCCAAGAGCUGCAACGGCCACAGCCAUGACAAAGAUAACUAAAAGUCAGACUGUUUAUCUUAUCUGCCUGCCUGCCACCUCGGUGCCUUUAAGUGCAGGUAAACACAGAGCAAAGCUGUUAGAGGGGAUUAAAAACCUCUGCUCCAUCUUGCCAUCAGUUCUCUUCUUUUUUUCUUUUAAAUUGCUUUAUUUUAAUUCCUAUUUUGUUAUAAAAAGAACAUUUUUUAUGCCCUGCAAACAUGUAAUUUAUCUUAACCUUCUUAUGUUUGAAGUUGAGUUUAUUGUUGCAGAUGAGUUACAUUUAUUAAAGGUUGUCUCAGGCAAAUCUAAGCACAUUUCCAGUUUUUGUAAGUUCAUUUUUAAACUAAAAACCACUAAGAAUACAGUAAUUUAAUGAGCCUGAAGCUGACUGAUGUUGAUUGAUGAUUGGGCUCAUAUUUAUCAGAUGUCUCAGAAUCUGCAGAACUGUGCUGAAUGUUAGCAAAAGAGGCAAAUUUCAGAAAAAAGAGGAAACACAGAGUAUAAACCAGCUUUUUCUCAAAUAUUCAUAACACGAAACACUGCUUUCCUGAUAGUAGUGAAAUCGUAGUAAAGGCUUCAUCCUUUAUGAAUACAUCUAUUAAUGUGAACAUGGUAUCCCAAAAUUAGUAAUAAUCUAAAGCCUCAUGAAAUUCAUCAGGUUGUUAUGUGUCGCAAGUCUUUGCCAGGUUGGGACUUCUGCAGCAUUCCUAGAUGUUCUCCUCGACAGGAAUCAUCUCCCAAAUAAAAACAGCUGAUGAAGAGUUUUCACUCAUGUUUUGUAGUCUGAUGACAGACUAUCUUUAUAAAGGCCUUAUAAAGGCAGCAAGUAUAACUUCAUAUCUUCAGUGGUGUCAGAAUAACAUUGUUCUUUGUUUUUUUUUAUUUUUAUUUGUUUUAUUUGUAUUUUUUAAGGUUAUUUCUGUGUUUUUUUUUUUUUUUUUUUAAUAUUUACUUUGGGAACUUUUUGGCCUUUCUGGAUUACAGAACUUCUUACCUUCACUUUCAUUUUCCUGCUGGUUAAAUUGUUGAUAUCAGAUGUUUUUGCUGGACUGACAUGUUUUUUAACUGCAGUGUUUCUGUCACAUUUCACUGUCAUUAAUAAGAGUCAUGAACCGAGAGAUCAAAGCUGUUUUCUUUAUUGUACAAUUAAAAUACUUUUGUCUUUUCUGUUCUGUUUUUAUCCACUAGGUGGAGCUUUGAUUUCAUACAUUUCCCUCCACAUGCUUUAACUUUUCUGAAGUGGCCUUACUGUAAGACUCAUAUCAGAAACUGUUUUUUUUAUUUUUUAUUUUUUUUUAUAAUGCUACUGGUGGAUUUUGGUGUUAUUUGUGUUUCAACCCUUUUUUAAAAUUGUCACUAAGAUUAAAUUCUUUGCAAUUU